GUUUUAUUUUUGUAUCAUAUUUUAAUUAUGUUCUAAGUUGUUUUUCCAUCUAAUGUUGUGCUUUUAUAGGUUUUACUCGAUAUCGGUCUUCCAACAAAAUAUACACAAUGAUGAUAUCACGGUCAAAACACCGCUCGUCGGUAGAGAUAUGCUCCGAUUGCGGAGCCUCAGAUCCAUCUUGGGCGUCUAUAAAUAGAGGUUUGCUUUUAUGUGCCGAGUGCUGCAGUGUACACAGAAGUAUGGGCAGGCACAUAUCUCACGUUAAAUCCCUAAGGCAGGGAUCCUGGCCUCCUUCACUGUUAGCUAUGGUGCAGGCCCUGACUGCACAGAAUGUAAACAGUAUUUGGGAAUACUCUUUAUUAGAUGCUACAUCCCAUAAACAUUUGCGGAAGAAACCACAACCUAAAGACCCAUUACACCCCGUAAAAUCAGAGUUUAUCCUAGCAAAGCAUUUGAGGCUGACUUAUGUCCUACGAGCGAGAAGAGAUGAGCCCGCCAGUGAAUUGGGCAGACAACUACACAGUGCGGUCCGAAGCUUCUCUCUUGAUACCGCAAUGAGGCUACUGGCUCAAGGAGCUGACCCCAAUUACUACAAUCCAGAAAAAGGCAGCACAUGUUUACAUGUAGCAUGUAGAGCGGGUCAGCCUGCCCAAGCUGAGCUGCUGGUGGCAUGGGGAGCCGACCCCACUGCAAAGGACAGCAGUGGAAACACACCAGCAGAGUGUGCUAGACAAGGUGGACAUACAGAACUAGCUGAACGAAUGGUGGAGUUGGUGUAUGAAGCGACAGACCGUCUGAUCCACUUUCUGAGUGGGGAGAAGCCCGACCAUGCUUCAGGGAGGCACUACAUCAUACCACGCACACAUGACACCCAUGAGAUGACAGAUGUUGCCAAAGCAGCCAGAGGCAAGCUACAAUUACUUCCAAAUCACCUAUUUGAGGAGUUGGUGAUGGACAUCUAUGAUGAGGUGGAUCGACGCGAAACAGAAGCAAUCUGGCAGACGAGUGCAGUGGGUUUAGAGCGAGUGGGCGUGGCGUUUCUGCCGGUGAACCCCGCGCUGUCGGCGCCGCGCAACCAGGGCAGGCAGAAGUUGGCGCGGCUGCUGGCGCCCGAGUUGGCCGCGCUCGCUCGCGACGUGCUGCUCGAUGCGGCGCGACGCCAGCGCCUCGCUGAGCUGCGCCCACGCGGUCUGCUGAACCCAGCGGCGGGUGCGCUGAAGCACAUCUCGCAGGUGUCGGACGACGAGCCGCUGUACGACUCCGUGGCGUCUGACGACGACUACGCCUCGCUCGCGCCCGUUGACCUCAACCAGCAACUGCAACUGACAAGCCUCGAUCUGAACACGACAGACGCUCCGCCAACAGAACAUUCCACCAGCGUACAAACUCAAGACGCACCCCCAACCACAGACGAGAUCGAGACGCUGAGAAAGGAGCUGGACAGCCGGAACUCCACCAUCAACGAGCUCAAGAACCAGCUGAAGAGCUUGCAGACCAUCGUGGAGCAGCUGACCAAAGAGAACAGCGUGCUGAAGACCAGCAGUGUGGACGACGAGCACAGCGUCGCGUCACACACGUCUGACAGCGCCGACCUCGACCUGUCGCCCGACCGCGAGCCCCCCGCGCCCGCCCCCGCCGCGGCCCCGCCCACCCCGCGCGCUCCCCAGCGCCCGGUCAGUAUGUUUGAGGCUAGAGAGGGACCAAAGAAUAACUGGCAGGUUACUAAACACCAGCUGACGACUAUCCCCGUGCUGGAGCGGUCGCUGACGCAGAGCGUCCUAGAGGGCGGGGCGCGUGGCGGAGGGGGCGGUGGGGCGGGCGGAGCCGCAGCGGGCGGCGAGGGCGGGGCGGAGGCGGGCGAGGUGCAGGUGCGCGCAGAGGCCGUGACCCGCUGCAUCCAGGAGCUGUGGGCGUGCGCCCGCACCUCCCGCGCCCGCCUGCCCGACUGCGCCGCCAACAUCGAGCGCGCGGUGGACGCGCUGCUGGCGCUGUUCCCGCCGAGCGGCACCGACGCCGGCCUGCAGCACGUGCUGGAUGAGCUGCGCGCGGCGGGCGACGCGGCGGCGGCGGCGUGCGGCUCGCGGGCGCCCAUCGAGCGCGUGCGCGCCUCCGCCUACGACCUGGCCAAGGCGGUGAAGCUGCUGUUGACGCGGUACCCGCCCCCCUAG